AUGAAAGAUACGGUUGACUUACGAAACUUUAAAAUUGCCUCAAAUGAAUGGGUGCGAGCCAUCGCAUCCCACGCUGCUGAAGGUUCCACUUCUGCUUCCAAGUUUGUACUGGCUGGGACUUCUAUCACAGACAUAGGUAUUUCUCAUCUUUAUAGAAUAAAAGCUUUAACAAGUUUAGAUAUCUCCAGCUGCCAUCUAUUGACAGACGACUGUUUAAACACAAUCGGAUGCCAUUUGCGAUUUUUACACGACCUACUUUUAAACGACUGUCGUCGCUUUUCCAGUGCUGGACUUUGUAAAGUUUGGAAAAACUGCAAGCGUCUGCAAACAAUAUCUGCUCGCAGAUGUCCAGGUGUUACAGAUUCUGUUUUGACAUGUCUUGCGAACACAAAGCGAACGUCAUCCUAUCCUCUCCGGUUUCUCGAUAUUCGACAGUGCAAAAAUGUCACUUCGGCAGGCAUUUCUCACCUUGCCAAUUCUGUUGUGGAUAGUAUUGCCAUGUUUCACCUGGCCGUCGACGAUUGUCUGGGUCUUCGAAAUAUGGCUUUCCUUGAAUUUGAAACUAGCUCCAGUCUUUGUUUGUUAAAGUCGCUUAGCUUAAAAGGACUCGAUAUCGACGAGACAGCCAUUAAUUGGAUUGUCAAAGGGUGUAAAUCAUUGCAACGACUUGAUGUUGGGCGCUGCAAACUGAUCUCGGAUUUUGCUUUGACCCUUAUGGCACCAUUGAUCUCGUCGCCAAUAUUUGCCGAACUCAACUUGUCUGAGUGUCCUCUUUUAACUGAUAUGGGCAUUCAAAAUCUCUUCUUACUUGAAGAAAAAAAGGGGUUCUCAGAUGAUGAUGAUAUACCACAGAUGAGUAUAGCCAUGCUGAAUCUGAAACAGUGUUUUAUCAUAGGGGAUGAAGCGAUGGUGUAUGUGGGGAAAUAUUGUGGGAAUCUGGUGAAACUCAACAUUAAGGGGCUGAAGAAAGUAUCGGAUAGAGGAAUUUCUGAUAUUGCCAAGGGUUGUCCAUUACUUCGAAAAUUGUCUAUGUCAGGCCGAAGUGUCACAUCAAGGUCAUUUAAAUUAUUAGGAAAAUUAUGCCGAAAUUUGGAGGUGCUAUGCGCUUCAAAGCCACUAGACUUUGAAUCCCCAACUUGUUUUAUGAACUUUAAAUUGUCAGAAGCAAUGAGUUCAAAUUCGCUACAAUUGUUAAAGCGAAUCGAUCUAAGUGCAACGAAUGUUUGUGAUAUAGGAGUAAGUGUAUUGGCAAAAGCUUGUCAUCAGCUAGAGAGCAUUGAUCUGUCCAAGUGUGCGCAGAUCACGGAUGUUGCAACAGAAGCACUUGCUAGAUGUUGUUUUCGGCUCCAAACUCUCCUUCUAGCUAACUCACGGGGUAUAACUGACAGGACACUUAUUGCUCUUGCACUCACAAACAUUCCGCUAGAAUUUCUCGAUCUAACUGGAAACACUCGCGUGACAGAUGAAGGUCUUCUCGUGCUGUGCACGAACUGUCAGCAAAUCCAGAAAUUGUGUAUUAAAGGCUGUGAUCGCCUCUCUCAGCAUGUAAUCAACCACUGCAAUGCCAACUUACUGCCGUUCACUCAGCCAUUUAUUGUCGGUUUAUCAACAUUGACACUGGAACCACUACCAAAGGCGCACAUUGCGCUACUUCAGUUACUACACACGCAGUAUACAGCUGCUAUCGUCCUGCAAGCGAAUUUCCGUAGAUGGAACAACCGAAAUUUUACGAUCCGAUUUCUUGCUCGUCGUCGACUACUUCGCGAAACUAGAGCUGCUCGAAAGGUUCAAAAGUGCGCUCGGAAUUUUCUCGCCUGGCGUCGAUUCCUGUACUUGUUGACGCUCAGAGAAAGCAUCGAUAAGAUCGUCUGCGUGCAAGCUCACGUGCGUGGUAAUUGUGUACGUCGAGACGUCCGAAUCUGGCGUUUUAUUGCAAAUAUUGCAAUUCGUCGAAUUCAGCAAUUUUACCGUGUACAUUUUGUCGCGAAUAUGACAAAAUUUAACUUCAAUGCUCGUGAAAUUCAACGUGUGUAUCGUGGAUAUCUCGCUCGUCAACGACAUCAGGAACUGAUCCAAGAGCGCAAGAUAAAAUUUGCAAGGAAAAUUGAGCAAUGGUAUCUUCGAUGCUGUAAUCAUAGUGAGUUUCGUGAACGAUCUCGAUGGCUUGUUAGAAAAAUUCGCAAUGUUCAAGACCAGUGGCGAAUAUACAAGCAACGAAAACAUUUCACCAAAUACUUAAAUAAACACCGUGAAGCAGCCCGAAAAAUUCAAAGUGUGUGGCGUCGAAAGUUGGCGAUGCGGUAUGUAUCAACUUUACGUAUUAAAUUCAAUAGUGCAAGUCUCACUAUUCAACGAAUAUAUCGUGGUUAUAUUACUCGUAAACGUGUCACUUUGUACCGGACAAUGGCUACAGCAGCGGCAAUUGCGCUACAGUCGCAAUGGAGACGCCACUGUGCACAAACUCUGUACAUGCAUCAACGGCGAAUUAUAAUUCACACACAGCAAUCGAUUCAUUAUGCUCGAAUUGUGCGGCGUUUUAAGCAUAUUAUUCGUCAGGCCGUACACAAAUAUCACAAUGAUGCAAGUGUGGAAAUUCAACGUAUUUACCGUGGAAUGCUUGGGCGAAAACGAGCUGUGGUCUUUCGUAAAAUUCGCUAUGUUGAUUUGGUAACUAAAACUCGAAACGCGAGGCAAAAGUUCAUUCAACAACAAUUCAUUGUUACCGGAGCAACGUUACGGAUACAGUAUUGGUUACAGAGCAUUUUUAAUCGCCAAAAGAGGCUUAAAAUUAUCACAUGUCGACACAAUCGAGCGGUUAAGUGUAUACAACAGUACUUUAAAAAAAGUGUCAAAUGUAUAAAACAGAGUCGCACACUAGAAGCGAAAAGUCAUGCUAGUGAGGACAUUCAGCGUGUGUUUCGUGGAUUGGUAGGCCGAAAGCAGUUUCAGACUCUACACCAUCAACAGCAACAAAUUCAGGCGGCUCAAAAGCUUCAGCGGGUGUAUCGGGGUUACCUUGGACGCAAGCGUUAUUAUGAGAUUUACAAUGCCAGACUCCGUGCAGCUUUGAGUCUUCAGCGUACUUAUCGCACUCGCCACGCUGCAAAACUAUACGCAAUAAGUACAGCUGUGGCAGCACUCAAGACAAAAGAGCAAUAUGAUCGUUCUUUUUUCGGCAGGCUUGAAGCUCAUCGCAACCCAAUGAUUGAUCUCUAUCGUCGUGCAAAAUUACAGUCAGACAAGGUACUUCUAACACAGCUCAAAGACAAGUGGGUAUCACAUCGACUAGACAAGGAAAGAGCAGUUCGCAAGUUAAAACGCGAAUGUGCUGCAGUAUGGAAAAUGGAAAACGAGGUCAUGGAAUCUCAUUUUGCAGCGCGACACCAGCUUUAUGGUGUUACAGAAACCGUGUACGCAACAAGUCGUGAGCUUGAACAGCAACAGAAGGUACAAAUGUGUUUGCAAAUUGAGUUAGCCGAAUUGCGAAACUCGAUUAUACAAUUUAAACGCGCCAUGCGAAACGCUGUCGAGAAGAAUCGGAUGCUAGAAAGCUCCGAGGUGUUUGACCUAUUAAAAGAGCACAAUCUCGUACUGGAAAGACCCAAUAAUCAGCAUAACAACUGA